GUCUUGCUGUGUGGCGGCGGCGCGGGGCGGCGGGUGCCGGGGUGCAGGUGAGUAAUGCGGGUGGACACCGGGAGCGGGACGGUGGUUCGGGACAUGGUAACUCGCGUAUAAGGGAAGUGCCGCCGAACCGAGCCUGGGAAGGGAGGGGGGAAGCAUUCGCGCGGAACUUUGAGAAUCAACUCUUGCGUUUGGGGGUGCGGCACUGGUGUUUUAGGAAGCGCGCCCCGUGCUCUCGGCUACAGUGCCCAUCGGUGUCGCUCAGCGAGCUGGGAAACGUGGGUUCCUCUCUGCCGAAAGACUGGCAGCGCUCCAGGGAUGCUGUGUGCCGUCUUUGGCGAAAUAAAAGUGAGGGAGGGGAAAAGAUACCUCUUAAAGCAUCUUUGAUAAAGUUGGAGUAGUGCUGGCAGUCCUGACAGAAGGAAGCGUCUUCAAUCUGGAAACAAAGUGCUUGCUCCGUUGCCUGUGGUAGAGACUUGCUCGUAUUUUGCCUGGUGAGUUUUUCUUGGGAUCUUUCAGAAAGCAGGAUUGACUGUAUUAAAACUUCUCUUUCCCCAGAGGGAGAAACUAAUGUAAAUUCAGGUGACCAUGCAGAAUGCAGUUCAGGUGUGGUUUGGAGAUGACCUUCCCUUAAGUCCUCGAAGUCCUCUGACUCCCAGACACGGCCCGGGUCUGGCAGAUGUGUGCCUGUAUGACCAGUGGAUAUCUGUGCGGCAUGAAGCAACUUUGGUGCCUAUGCAAGAAGACCUGUCAAUCUGGCUGUCUGGCUUGCUAGGAAUAGAAGUCACAGCAGAGCAACUCCUGGAAGAACUUGAUAAUGGAGUACUACUCUGCCAAUUGAUUGGUGUUCUUCAAAACACAAUUAAAAAAUCAUGUAGCUCAAAUAAUUUAAGGAAUUUUCCAAUGAGAAAAGUUCCAUGUAAGAAGGAUGCUCCAUCAGGAUCUUUUUUUGCCAGAGAUAACACCGCCAACUUUCUUAACUGGUGUAGGGCCAUUGGAGUUGAUGAGACUUACCUCUUUGAAUCUGAAGGUUUAGUUUUGCACAAGGAUCCAAGACAAGUGUAUCUUUGUUUGUUGGAAAUUGGACGCAUAGUAUCCAGAUAUGGAGUUGAACCUCCUGUACUAGUAAAACUGGAGAAGGAAAUUGAGCUAGAAGAAACACUGCUACAGACCUCUGGACCAGCAUCACCUGUUAGCACAGCAAAGUCAUGUUGUCACCAUGGGGAGCUACACGAGGCAGUUAAACACAUAGCAGAAGAUCCACCCUGCAGCUGCUCCCACCGAUUUUCAAUUGAAUACUUAUCUGAGGGACGUUACAGACUGGGAGAUAAAAUACUAUUCAUACGAAUGCUACAUGGCAAACACGUGAUGGUACGUGUUGGUGGAGGCUGGGACACUCUUCAAGGUUUUCUGCUUAAAUAUGAUCCCUGCCGAGUGCUUCAGUUUGCAACUCUGGAGCAAAAAAUCCUGGCAUUUCAGAAGGGGGUCACCAGUGACAAUGUCUCCAACUCACCAGCCAGAAUUCAAGAACCUCCUGUCAUGAACCCAAUGUCAGCAGUCAAUAUGUUUCAAAAGCAGCCAUCAAACCCCCCUACUACUGUUCCAUCCCUAAAGGCUGUCCAUGGGGCCACAGCUAAGAAACCCUUAUCUAAACGUCCUCAGUCCCCUGCCCUGACAUCACCAAAGGUGCCAGUGCACCCGUCCUCCUCUGCCAAGUUGCUGUCAGCCAGACCCAAACUAACAGACGCUCAGACUCCUUUCAAACCAUUGAUGGGCACCUCUAAGAAACUGGAGUCUCCUGUGCACCACUUGCCAGCUCCUGCUCCUUCACUGCCUGCAAGCAAGAGUUCUUCACCUACAAGAUCAAGAACCGCUCUUGUUCACUCUGAAACAUUACGCAAACGUAUUCGGUCCCCUGAUGCUCCAAAGGUGAGAUUUGCCCCAGCCCAAGGCUCCCCAUCAACAGGGAUGCAUUCUGCACUCUCAGCAUCUAAGAAACAGAUGUCUCAAUUGCCUGCAACAGCUGAAACAUUGGCUUCGAAACAGAAGUGUGUCCCCUCUAAAUGUAAGCCUGUAUCUGUCACUAAAACCAAAGUAAAUCCUGUUGCUCCGAGGCCAGUCCGGCCACCUGUUACCAAUCUGCGUGCUGUUGCCAAGUUUGCACAUUCUCAGCAGCUCUAUGUGAAAUCUCCUGAAAAUACUACUCAGGCAUCAGGAACUGGGUCUCAGCAUCCUCGGAAAGCUCCACAAACAGCUUCUGACCUGGCAAGGAACCUGAAGACUGCUUCAGUCCUAAAACACUCAGCUUCUGUACCUUCCCUAGCAGUUAGUAAAGCACUGAAAUCACCACCUGUGCUGGGAUCUGCAAGCAAAAAUGUAACAGCAUCUGUCAAUAAGACACCAACUACAGAGCAUCUACAUACCCAAAAUAUCAAUAAGCCACCUGCAAUUGGACCCUCCUCAUCCAAACCUCCUGAACGCACUCCGCUCUCUGUUGUGAGGCUUCCUCAAACUUCAGCCAAAGUGGCAGCAACCAAAAAAACAGAGCAGUCCUCCACAAAAAGUCAGCCCUCAAACAGAGACUUGCAAGCCACUGGAAAUUUGGUCCCAGCAGCCAAGAAACCUUUCUCUAAAGGAAAAUCAGCAACAGCUUGUAACAAAGGAGCACCUAGUGCAUCAAAAGGGCCUCUUCUGAAGAGCAAGCAAGAUGAUCACUAUUUUGUUAUGACAGGGAGCAAAAAGCCCAGAAAGUAAAAUUAUCUGUUGCCUUCUGUGGAAGUCCCAUUACCAUUCAAAUAUGCCUAUGAAAAUAUCUACACUAAAGGGAAAAACAAGUUAUCUAACACUACAUGUGCCAUGCCAAAUGUUAGGCGUAAUUCAUUUUGCUGCUUAACUUAGAGUAAUAACUGUAUUUAUUUUGCAGUUUUAAAACUUCUUUUUAGAUAUAUUUAGACGUAAGCUUGCUUGCACUGUGGAAUAGAGGAUACCCCUGUUUGCUGCUAGCCUGACCUGCUGUGGGGAAAGGCAGGAGAGAGGAAAGGGAGCUGGGACUGCUGCUGCUGUUUGUUUUCCAGGGAGUUAAGCUGUUCAAGAAACGUUUAUCCAGGGCAGAGCCUGAGCAAUUCUGGUUGCUCUAGGCACAUCUGCAUCAAGGCCUGUGCCAUGCAAUAGAGCAGUGCAUACGCUAUAAAGUUUCUAAUACCUCAAACUUCUUGUGUUUUUUUUGGUUUUGUGGGUUUUUUUAAGUUUGUUAGUGUUCUAGAACCCAAAUCCAGGUCACCUGUGUGUAUUAGACAUGUUGGAAGACUUUUUUUUUUUUUAACUCAUUGGGUGGUGAGGCACUGGUACAGGCUGCCCAGAGAGCUGUGGGUGCCCCAUCCCUGGAGGUUCAAGGCUGGAUUGGAUGGGGCCCUCAGCAGCCUGAGCGUGUGGGGGGCAGCCCUGCCCACGGCACAGGGUGGGACUGGGUGGGCUUUAUGUCCCUUCCAACCGAAGCCAUUCUAUGAUUAGAGAGAAAUCUCUAGUCUUGUUCAGUUUGACUGCUGCAGCUAUCAGCAUUCACUGUGCCCCUACAAGCCUUAAUGGGGCUUCACCUUGCUUGGGUGUGGAGCCUCGGCUUGUGUUCAAUUGUGCAUGGAAAAUCAUGGCCUUGAUCGCUCUCUUUCUUGUGCCUUAGCAAUGCUACUUCUAAAGGCCUGGGGAGACAACUUUGCUUAGUAUGUGUUCAGAUGUGACUACAGGUAAGCCUUUUUUUUCCUAGAAAGCUCUUGCUGUGUAGGGAGAAGUACCUGAAUUGCUGUGAGGGCACUUUCCUGCAGGAUAGACCCUGUGGGGCUAGCACAAGGCCUGCUCAGGCAGAGCCUUGCUGCUCUGCAGGAGUGGCCUCUUUCCAUAAAACUUAACUGUUAAAUACUUACUGGUGCGUGAGGUUGAUUUUGUGGGCAGUCUUAGUUUAUGUUGGCCUUUGUUUUAUUUAUGGAGACCUUGCUACUGGCUUUCCUGUAUUACUUUUCUGGAGGUGAGGAGUAGUUUCCCAGAGAGCUAACAAGGGCCUACCUUUCCUUAAUGCAUCUGAGAGUGCCACAGAGAUAAAUGUCAUUUACUCUCAGUUCCUGGAGGCUCUUAGUGGGUCUGGGGCACUCAACAGAAACAAGAUGAAUAAAAACUACUGUCUCUGGAGGUAGCAUUGUUUGAGAUAUUUUGGGUUUAAUGAACAGUGAGUCCUACAAAUGUCAAGGAACUCUCAGGUUCAGUGAAGAGACCCUGUUACUACUGACUUCCACAGGCUGUUGUUACUCCUGCUCUCAGGAUAUUUAAAACCAUGACAUAUGGGUAGAAGAGGCACAUGGAAACUGCAGCUUCUGAUGCUGUAUAUUGAAUAUUUUUUUCCUGGAACUAGAAUAAGCAAACACUGUAAACUAAUAAUGAGUUUUCAUGUGCAGUGGCGACAUUAUCAAGCUACCUUUCUGAGCACCUUGUUAGCUUCAUUUAUUUAUCAUUCUAUUUAUGCAUCUCUACUGUACAAUUCUGUUUACAACCUGUUGGAAGUAAACAGGAAAUAACAAUAUGCAAACUGUUGGAGGAAAACAUCCAUUUUAAUAAUGCAAGUCCCACAAACUUGUAUUCAAACUUGUAUGUUUGGGGAAGGCCUUAUCGCUUAUUUAUUUUAUAAAUGGCCACUACUGCAAAUGUUAAGAAUAGUAUUGAUUGUAGGGGAGUUAGGUUGAAAUUGACAUGCUAUUUCAUACUCUGAAAGCAUUUUGUAGUAGAUGACUUGCUUUUGAUUUUGAGCUCCCAUAUAGUGAGCUGUGAUGUGAUAUCUCAUGCAAUAAAUGAAUUGGGGUUUCUUUCUGUACUAAGUCUGACUGGGAUGGAGUUCACUUUCUGCAUAGCAGCCCAUAUGGUGCUGUGGAUUUGUAGCUGACACAGUGCUGAUAGCACAGCAGGGUUUGGGAAGUUGCCAAAAUCUGUUUGCCUUGCAUCAGGGCUUUCUCUUUUCCCUAUGCUGACCCUGACAGCAAGUGGGCUGGGAGUGGGUGCUUGGCUUCUCGCUGGGUUCAACAACCCUCAAUACUUUUUGAACUGUUUACAGGUUUCAUAGUACUACUUUAAACACUGAGGCUCUUGGAUCCCAGCAUAACGCUUAUCUCAGCAUCUACCUUUGAGAACAAUUACUUCAGAGAAAGUGAAGUGGAGGGUUUCAACUUUGUAAGCUGUUAUCUCACUUAACAGAUUGAGUUUUGUGAUUCAAAAUGAAAUGGAAGUGUGAGCUGGGACACAGGCACUGAAAAAGGAAAAAAAAAAUCAUUUUACUGUUGAAAACCUAAACAGUUAAUCUAAAGAUGGUUCAUGUGAUACAUAUGGGUUAGCUUGGUUUUUUUAUUACAAAAAUACUAUAAGCAUGAUCCAUCUUGUUCAAAUAAUUGUAAUCUUCAACUUUCUAUUCAGCCAUAUAACUAAUGAUGUCAUGUGGCACAAGGUGAGACAAUAAUCGAAAUGUAACGGAAUACCUCCUGCUGAAAAUACUCUUUUCACAAUGUUUAUAUUGCCAAACAGCAAAUCUAAUCUUCAACUUGUAUUACUUUUUGUGUGGGAAAGGUAACUUGGAACAGGAAUCUUACUGAAUUCUGUGUUUUUGAUGUCUUUAAGUACUUAUUCUAAAUAAACGCAUACUGCACCUUUUUA